UGAUUUACUAAAUUAAUGUUUUGAUGUGUCUGAUGUUACUAAGUUGCGGUUAAUUAAAAUUUGUAUUGAUAAGUGUGAAUGAAAAUUAUUGAUAAAAGUUAAAAUAAUACUUUAAAUUUAUUUUUCUAUCUUUUGAAUACUUUUGAAUACUUUUCUUCCUAUGAUUAGACAUAAUAUGGUACGAGGUGGUCGAGGUGGAAUGAUUAGAGGAGGUCGUGGUGGUAUGGGACGUGGAAUGGGAUUUCCUAGAAAACAAUUUCUUCCACGUCAUCCAUUUGACUAUACUUUAUGUGAAGCUGCAUUUCCGCGUGUUAAACCAGCACCAGAUGAGUCAGAUUUUCAAAUGGCACUUUUAAAAAAGAAUACAGACAUGUGUCCUACACCAAAGGAACAAACUUCUAUUUUAAAUUUAGUAACUAAAUUACAGAGCGUACUUGACAAUUUAAUAGUUGCUCCAGGCAGUUUUGAAGCUUGUCAAUUAGAAGAAGUGAGACAAGUAGGUAGCUUUAAAAAAGGAACUAUGAUCAAGGGCCAUAAUGUAGCUGAUAUUGUUGUGAUCCUCAAAACAUUACCUACUAAAACAGCCGUGGAAGCACUUGGUACAAAAGUUAAUAAUGAUUUAAAAACUGUUAAUCCCAAAGAAAUAUUUAGACUCACUCAUACAGAGCGUGGUUUUGAUAUUGCUAAUAAUGAAGCCACAGUACGUGUACUGAUUACCACUUUACAUCAGAAUUUAAGAAAAUUAGAAUCUGAUCAGCAUUUAGAUGUAAAAAUAUGUCAAGGUCAUCUUGCUGCAAUUAGACAUUCCCGAUGGUUUGAAGAAAAUGCUCAUCAUUCCAGUAUAAAGGUUUUAAUAAGAUUACUUAGAGAUUUGAGAAGUAGAUUUGAAGGUUUAGAGCCAUUAUCUCCUUGGAUGUUAGAUUUAUUAGCACACAAUGCUAUAAUGAAUAAUCCCAGUAGACAAGCAUUGCCAAUAAAUCAGGCAUAUAAAAGAGUACUUCAAUUACUUGCUUCUGGACUUUUUCUUCCAGGAUCUGCUGGUAUUUCUGAUCCAUGUGAGGGUGGCAAUAUACGUGUACACACAGCCAUGACAUUAGAACAACAAGAUUUGGUAUGUCUCACAGCUCAAACAUUAUUACGUGUCUUGGGUCAUGGAGGCUAUAGACCAUUACUUGAGGGUACCAAUAAACUUGCUGUAGAAAUGAGUGUAUGGGCAGGUGGUGUUGUUGCUAGUCCUUUAGAUAAGGUAUAUGAACCUCCUACAGAACAAGAACAACAAGAAGAUAUGGAAGAAAGUAAUGAAGAAAUGAUAACAGAAAGUGCUUAACUUUUUUUAUUUAACAUAAUUAUGUUUUCAUUCAUAGUCCUAUGGAAGAUUGAAAAUUUUGUAUUAUUUUCUAUAAUUUUAUUGAUAAUUUUGAAUAUCUGAUACAAAAAUUAAUGUAUUUAGUAUUAUACACAAAUUUCAAAAAUGUAUGAUUUUUUAUUAGCAAUAAUAUAAUUAAUGUCAAUGUUUUUAUAUGAUGAUAUUAUGUGUGAAUUUGUACGUAAUAUCUCGAAUAAAGUCCGAAUUAUAUGUGUAUAUUAAUGGUAAAA